AUGGCUAAACUUUUAAAUAAUAAGAAGAAAAAAAUCAUGAGAGAUGUACAACAGUAUGCUACGAAUAGAGCAUAUCCUCGUCCACCCUCUGUUGUGCAGACACAUACGGGGGGUAAUAUAGCAUCCACUAAUGAAGCCUUAGGGCAUGAUAAUGAUUUAGUCGAAGACCAAUUCGAAGACGUGGAAGAUAAUGUAGGAGAAGCUCUGCAUAACGAUGACCAUUACAAUCAAUGUAACAUAAAUGAUGGCGUUAAUCAUACGAACACUAAUAACGUCAACAAGAAAAACAGCAUCAAUAGAGGGAAUAAUUCUACCAAUUUAAACAACAAACAGGGUUUUCCCCGGGGCAGAAUGGACAACAAAGGAACUUGA